CCGCGAUUUAUUGAAUAACCAUUCGGUUCUUCUGACGGACAUAAACAGAAAACAAAUGGGCAUUUACAUUUAGGCUACUUUAGUUUGUGGUCCUCGUUUUAGCUUAUUAUGGCGCAGCCGGCAGAGAGAGGUAUGGGGCCCAGAAUAAUUAUAUUAUGUUUAGUUUUUUUUCUGUCCAUAGAGAGGGAUAAUCAAAUUCAGAGAUCCAUUGCCAAGAAACCCCUCUUGAAUUGUGCAACAUCAAAAAUUAUUUUUGUAAUUGCUUUGUUGGCAAACUUGGCUCACUGCAAACUCCACAAAUGUCUUCUGUUUUAUAUUUAUUAUGGUUAUUUAUAACAUUAAUUAGUUAUCGAGUAUUCACUCUUUUGGUAAAAUCUGUAAAGUGCAGUUGUUGGACCUGUAGCUCACACGUUGUGCAAGCUUUUGUUUCCAUCCCAGCAUUAACUCAAAAGAUUCAACAAAUUAACUGCUCAUCAAAACCCUGAUUAACUGACUGAAGUGUGUUAGUGCUGGGCUGGAACAAAAGCCUACACACCCUGUAGGUUUCCAGGACCAGGGUUGGUGACCACUGGCAUUUAGCAGCAAGGUUUUGUGACGUGGCUGUUAGUCAUAUGUCAUGCAUCACACUGUCUUCUCACAGCAUACUACCGCUUUCUGGUAUUGUUCUUCAACUGUCUGCUCACGUUUGGCUCCUACUUCUGCUUCGACAUCCCUAGUGUCCUCCAGGACCAGUUUCAAGGGGUGAGUCGCAGGAGUAGCCUAUAUAGGCCUUUACAUAAUGAGAGUAAAGUAGCCUUCUCACACUGAAUGCACUCAUUUCACAACAGAGCUUAACCAACACUUCUACACACUGAGCCUAAUUAAUUACACACUUUGUGUUGGAAUCAUGAAUUACACAGUGCCUAAUGCACGAGGCAGAAUUGGGUUGAUAACAAAUCACUGUUCAUUUUCCCCCUGCACAAAGAAUUUGACAUGUGCCAAUACAACAGUUAUCAAUGGGACAGUGGACUGUGUGGAGGGACUGGGGAUGACCCCUCAGGAGUAUAACCUGCUCUAUGCCAUAUAUGCAUGGACGUAAGUGUAAACAACCCCUAUAUAUUAAUGAAAUUAAUAACUAUAGGCCUUAUAUCUAACUAUUUUCUCUCUGUCAACAGUAAUGCAGUGGUGGUUAUAAUGGCUGGGUUCCUUAUUGACAAACUGGGCAACCGCUGUAAGUUGCUAUUGUCUACUCUACUGCAUUAAACAGAGAUUCAAAACUCUGUGACGUUUUUAAUCAUUGAAUUCACAUUGAUUGAGAUACUGGAACAACCAAUGCUUUGUUCUCUGGUGUAUGGUGCUGAAUUGGCUGUUGGUUCUCCUAAUGCUCUCUCUCUCUCUCUCUCUCUCUCUCUCUCUCUCUCUCUCUCUCUCUCUCUCUCUCUCUCUCUCUCUCUCUGUAGUUGGUGUCUUCCUCUUCUCCUUCCUGUGUGUGCUGGGGUCAGCCAUCUUUGCUCUGGGUUCUCACUUCAAAGGAACAGCCUACCUGCUCCCUCUCAUGCUCACCGGGCGUCUGCUGUUUGGCUCUGGCAAUGGAUCACUCACCAGUAAGGCCACCUUAAUAUCUGAUUCACACGGUAGGCUGGCCUGGUUACGCAUCCACCAUAGUUGCUGGAACCGUGCUGGAAAGGACAAUGUGAAAAGAAAAUAUACGACCCAGGCCAAACACAGUACUGUUCGGCCCUAUAUGAAUGAGGCAAUAUACUGCUACGGGCCGAGUUCCAAUACUUUCAAAAUCAUCCUUCCUGCAUUUGAGCCCUAAGCACCCUAUCCCUCCCCCUCAGUUGUCCAGAACCGGAUUACAGCGUUCUGGUUCCGGGGGAAGGAGCUGGCCCUGGCGUUUGGCCUGACCCUGGCCUUCUCCCGCCUGGGCUCCGUCCUCAACUUCUUCCUCACCCAGAGGUUCCAGGCCCAGUAUGGCAUGCAGUGGACCCUAUGGGGAGGUAGGACAUACAACGGCUGCACUUUAUUUUACGGCACAUAAAUGACCUGGUAUUUAAGUCGGAAAUUACAUGGUAAAACGGUAAUAACACAAUAAUAACCUAUGAGACGUUUGAUUCCUAAGGAUCCAUUCAAACAGGCAACACAAGGCACUUUUUGGUAUAAGGUAGUUGGAAAUUGUGUUGAAAUGGGUACGAGAAAGUACGCAUUGAUACCACAAUUUCCUAGUAAAUUCUAGUGGAAACAGUAGUACUACUGGAAUACCAGGUAAAUAUACUAGUGGGAAAAGUACAGUAAACGGAAAGUGCUCAAAUAAAAUUGUAUAAUAAAGCAGUAAGGCCAUGAGGCUGUGAUACAUCCUGAAUUGAUCACAGCUAAGGUAUAUAUAUAUAUAUAUAUAUAUACAGUUGAAGUCGGAAGUUUACAUACACUUAGGUUGGAGUCAUUAAAACUUGUUUUUCAACCACUCCACAAAUUUCUUGUUAACAAACUAUAGUUUUGGCAAGUCGGUUAGGACAUCUACUUUGUGCAUGACACAAGUAAUUUUUCCAACAAUUGUUUACUUAUAAUUCACUGUAUAACAAUUCCAGUGGGUCAGAAGUUUACAUACACUAAGUUGACUGUGCCUUUAAACAGCUUGGAAAAUUCCAGAAAAUGAUGUCAUGGAUUUAGAAGCUCCUGAUAGGCUAAUUGACAUCAUUUGAGUCAAUUGGAGGUGUACCUGUGGAUGUAUUUCAAGGCCUACCUUCAAACUCAGUGCCUCUUUGCUUGACAUCAUAGGAAAAUCAAAAGAAAUCAGCCAAGACCUCAGAAAAAUAAUUGUAGGCCUCCACAAGUCUGGUUCAUCAUUGGGAGCAAUUUCCAAACGCCUGAAUGUACCACGUUCAUCUGUACAAACAAUAGUACACAAGUAUAAACACCAUGGGACCACACAGCCGUCAUACCGCUCAGGAAGGAGACGCAUUCUGUCUCCUAGAGAUGAACGUACUUUGGUGCGAAAAGUGCAAAUCAAUCCCAGAACAACAGCAAAGGACCUUGUGAAGAUGCUGGAGGAAACAGGUACAAAAGUAUCUAUAUCCACAGUAAAACAAGUCCUAUAUCGACAUAACUUGAAAGGCCGCUCAGCAAGGAAGAAGCCACUGCUCCAAAACCGCCAUAAAAAAGCCAGACUACGGUUUGCAACUGCACAUGGGGACAAAGAUCGUACUUUUUGGAGAAAUGUCCUCUGGUCUGAUGAAACAAAAAUAGAACUGUUUAGCCAUAAUGACCAUUGUUAUGUUUGGAGGAAAAAGGGGGAAGCUUGCAAGCCGAAGAACACCAUCCCAACCGUGAAGCACAGGGGUGGCAGCAUCAUGCUGUGGGGGUGCUUUGCUGCAGGAGGGACUGGUGCACAUCACAAAAUAGAUGGCAUCAUGAGGAAGGAAAAUUAUGUGGAUAUAUUGAAGCAACAUCUCAAGACGUCAGUCAGGAAGUUAAAGCUUGGUCGCAAAUGGGUCUUCCAAAUGAACAAUGACCCCAAGCAUACUUUCAAAGUUGUGGCAAAAUUGCUUAAGGACAACAAAGUCAAGGUAUUGGAGUGGCCAUCACAAAGCCCUGACCUCAAUCCUAUAGAAAAUUUGUGGGCAGAACUGAAAAAGCGUGUGCGAGCAAGGAGGCCUACAAACCGGACUCAGUUACACCAGCUCUGUCAGGAGGAAUGGGCCAAAAUUCACCCAACUCAUUGUGGGAAGCUUGUGGAACGCUACCCGACACGUUUGACCCAAGUUAAACAAUUUAAAGGCAAUGCUACCAAAUACUAAUUGAGUGUAUGUAAACUACUCACCCACUGGGAAUGUGAUGAAAUAAAUAAAAGCUGAAAUAAAUCAUUCUCUCUACUAUUAUUCUGACAUUUCACAUUCUUAAAAUAAAGUGGUGAUCCUAACUGACCUAAGACAGGGAAUUUUUACUAGGAUUAAAUGUCAGGAAUUGUGAAAAACAGAGUUUAAAUUUAUUUGGCUAAGGUGUAUGUAAACUUCCGACUUCAACUGUAUAUGUGUGCGUGCGCAGGUGCCUUCCUGUGUGUGCUGGGCUUCAUGUCUGCCAUCACGGUCAGUGCCCUGGACAAGCUGGGCAUGAAGCAGCUGGGACUGGAUGGGGCCAUUCAGGAAGAGUCACGCAAAGUGGUGAGUUGAAUGGGCUUGGGUGGUAUUCAUAAGGCACCAAACGGAAGAAAACAGACUGAAACAGGGAGGGACUAUCUGAACUUGUCCAAUAAGAAAUGCUAAUGGGUUGCAAAACAUUUUCAAACAUUUUCUAUUGUGUGCCCUAAUGAAUAAUACAAUCCUGUUGACUUUCCUAUGCGCUUGUUGACAUGAUAGAUAUGUCUAUUUGUCUGUUUGUGUGUCUGUAGAGGUUUCAGGACGUGAAGCUGCUCUCUCUCAGAUACUGGCUGUUGGUUCUCACCAUCAUGUUCUUCUACAACGGAAUCUUUCCCUUCAUAGCUGACGCCAGGUAUUGAUUGACAUGCGCACGUAUGCAUGCACGCACGCACACACACAGGCAGGAAAGCAGGCAGGCACACACACACACAGGCAUGCACGCACGCACACAGCCUACAUUUUCACACUUUACACUCAAGAGAGUAGGGUUGCAAAAUUCCAGUAACUUUCCGAAAAUUCCCAGGUUUUUCCAGAAAACCUGGUUGGACAAUUCUAGAUUUCCAGCUUAUUCCUGCCUGAUUCCAGGAAUCUUUCAACCGGGACAUCUGGACAACCGGGGAUUUUUGGGAAAGUUAGCAGCAUUUUGCAGCCCUAACUCAGACACACACAGUUGAAUGUUUAAACAGUAUGUGAUUCCUCUGUCUCCCUUUCCAGUAAGUUCAUACAGGACAAGUACAGUGACUACAGCCAGAAAGAGGCAGCCUACAUCGCUGGUGCAGUAUAUGACAGCUCCCUAGUCCUCUCUGCCACUGUUGGAAUUCUCAUCGUAAGCCACCAUUACUAUACCUUAUGCUGCAUAAAACAACUGCAUUACGGCAACCUUACCUGAACCAGUGAAAACCUCAUUUAUAAAUCCUGCUUUGUGGUAUCUGAGGUAGUCACAACAACCGUCAAUUCCUAAACUCUUCAUUUGUUUACUCUUUGGAUUGUUACUUAGCAUUUAUUCUCAUUAUAUUAAGGUGGUUAAUAACACAAAACAUGGUGGUAAUGUUGUCUGAAAGUACUACCGGUAAUAUCAAUCAAUCAAUCAAUCACAUUUAUUUAUAAAGUCCUUUUUACAUAAGAGUUGUGACAAAGUGCUUUAAAGUAAUUAGCGUAAACCCCAAACAGCAAACAGAAGUAGAAGCAACACAGUGGCCAGGAAAAACUAACCUUUGACCCAAAGAUUUGAUGUACUGUAUAUUUCUGACUCUCUCUCUCAUUGGUGUGUCUGUGUCUCUGUUGUUGUUGUAAUUGUUGACAUUUGUGUGUCUGUGUUGCAGGACAACGUGGGGCUGCGUGGGGUCUUUGCUGUGGCCUGUGCUGUCCUCACGCUGCCUGUCUUCGGCCUCCUGGCCUUCACUUUCGUCCCCCCUCUGGUAUCCACCAUCUGGCUGGGGGUCACCUACUCCUUCGCUGCUGUGAGUAGUCCUAUCAAAGAGUUAAAUUGAAUAUUCUAAUGUACAGUGCCUUCGGAAAGUAUUCAGACCCCUUGACUUUUUCCACAUUUUGUUACGUGUUACGUUACAGCCUUAUUCUAAAAAUGAUGAAAUUGUUUUUUCCCCUCAUAAAUCUAAACACAAUACCCCAUAAUGACAAAGCAAAAACAGGUUUUUAGAAAUGUUUGCUAAUUUAUAUUAAACAUAAAGAACUGGAAUAUUACAUUUACAUAAGUAUUCAGACCUUUUACUCAGUACUUUGUUGAAGCACCUUUGGCAGCGAUUACAGCCUCGAGUCUUCUUGGGUAUGACGCUAUAAGCUUGGCACACUUGUAUUUGGGGAGUUUCUCGCAUUCUUCUCUGCAGAUCCUCUCAAGCUCUGUCAGGUUGGAUGGGGAGCAUUGCUGCACAGCUGUUUUCAGGUCUCUCCAGAGAUGUUCGAUCGGGUUCAAGUCGGGCACUGGCUGGGCCACUCAAGGACAUUCAGAGACUUGUCCCGAAGCCACUCCUGCGUUGUCUUGGCUGUGUGCUUAGGGUCGUUGUCCUGUUGGAAGGUGAACCUUCGCCCCCAGUCUGAGGUCCUGAGCGCUCUGGAGCAGGUUUUCAUCAAGGAUCUCUCUGUACUUUGCUCCAUUAAUCUUUGCCUCUUUGCCUGACUAGUCUCCCAGUCCCUGCCGCUGAAAAACAUCCCCACAGCAUGAUGCUGCCACCACCAUGUUUCACCGUAGGGAUUGUGCCAGGUUUCCUCCAGAUGUGACGCUUGGCAUUCAGGCCAAAGACUUUAAUCUUGGUUUCAUCAGACCAGAGAAUCUUGUUUCUCAUGGUCUGAGAGUCUUUAGGUGCCUUUUGGCAAACUCCAAGCGGGCUGUCAUGUGCCUUUUACUGAGGAGUGGCUUCCGUCUGGCCACUCUACCAUAAAGGCUUGAUUAGUGGAGUGCUGCAGAGAUGGUUGUCCUUCUGGAAAGUUUUCCCAUCUUCACAGAUGAACUCUGGAGCUCUAUCAGAGUGACCAUCGGGUUCUUGGUCACCUCCCUGACCAAAGCCCUUCUCCCCCGAUUGCUCAGUUUGGCCGGGCGGCCAGCUCUAGGAAGAGUCUUGGUGGUUCCAAACUUCUUCCAUUUAAGAAUGAUGGAGGCCACUGUGUUCUUGGGGACCUUCAAUGCUGCAGAAAUGUUUUGGUACCCUUCCCCAGAUCUGUGCCUCGACACAAUCCUGUCUCGGAGCUCUACAGACAAUUCCUUCGACCUCAUGGCUUGGUUUUUGCUCUGACAUGCACUGUCAACUGUGGGACCUUAUAUAGACCGGUGUGUGUCUUUCCAAAUCAUGUCCAAUCAAUUCAAUUUACCACAGGUGGACUCCAACCAACUUGUAGAAACAUCUCAAGGAUGACCAAUGGAAAGAGUCUCAUAGCAAAGGGUCUGAAUACUUACGUAAAUAAGGUAUUUCUGUUUUGUAUUUUUAAUACAUUUGCCAUUAUGGGGUAUUGUGUGUAGAUUGCUGAGGAUUUUUGUUCAUUUAAUCAAUUUUAGAUUAAGGCUGUAACGUAACAAAAUGUGGAAAAAGUCAAGGGGACUGAAUAUUUUCCAAAGCCACUGUAUUGUCCCGUGUGGCUCAGUUGGUUGAGUAUGGCGCUUGCAAUGCCAGGAUUGUGGGUUCGAUUCCCACGGGGGACCAGUAUGAAAAUGUUUGCACUCACUACUGUAAGUCUCUGGAUAAGAGUGUCUGCUAAAUUACUAAAACGUAAAAAUGCACAUGUCUGAGCCCUAUACUUUGACUAUACUAAGCCUGCUCCCAAGUAGCUCUGUAAUCCACUGCACAUCCCACCUAUUUUGUACACUUCAGCUAGUAUCCUCCUGAUUUAGGGUAAACACCCUGUGAAGAUCUCAGUUGCAUACUCCUUGCGUCCUCUCUCCUCGUCUCCUUCUCAAAACCCAUUGGAGGAGGUCAGAGGGGAGGGACCUCUGGCUUUCUCAUUCAAUUGGAUUUGAGAAGGAGUUGCAUAUUGUAUACGGAUUGGAGAAGAUUCACAUACAGUAGGUGACUCAAGUUGGUCUAUUGGCAGUCCCCAUUGUGUAGGAAAGGGAUUGUCUUGUACUUCGCUGUACAUUUUCUUUGAAGCACAGUGGAAAUACAUUUGCAAUGACACAAGUGCUCUUUGUUAGUUGUAUGUGUGUUGUUUUUCAGGCAAGCAUGUGGCCCUCUAUUCCCCUGGUGGUCCCUCAGGCAACUCUGGGGACAGCAAUGGGUCUUGCUACCUCAGUACAGAUGAUAGGAAUUGGCAUAUCCAACCUUGUUGUGGGCCAGAUCUUGGGAACCAAGUCAAGGUAGAGCUCACUGCAGCACAAUGAUGAUGUGAUAUCAGCAAAUUACGUAUUAUUUUUGUUGGCGUAGUGUUAUGGCAUGUCUGUAUGUAAACUGUGUGUCUCCUGUGUGGGUAGUGAUGCUAAGAUCCCACUGUGGCGCUGGCAGCAGAUGAUGGUCUUCAUGUUGGCCAACACCAUCGCCUGCAUCGUCACCUCUGUGGUGCUCAACAUCGUAGACCACCGCCAGGUAAGACCAGACUCACUUCCUGUCUCCCUCCUUCUCCAUUUCCUCUUUCACUGCCACGAUACGUGUCUUUUCAAUCAUAUAAAACUCGCCUAUCUAAAAUAAUGUGUUCAGAUUGUCCGAAGUAAUUAUAGCACUUGAAAUCAGCUCAUUGAUCUGAACUAAUUUGCUUUUAUGUCAAAUUACUUGUUUUAUUAGAUGUCUAGAGCAACAUCAACUGUUUGUGUGUGUGUCACCUCUUAGGAUAUCCUUUAGUCAAUGUAACAAUGAAGUUGUAUCAUUUUCUACAUUUGUUAUUUUGUUGUUACCUCAGCAAAUCUUCUGUCUUGUAUCCUCAGGGUGGGAUUCUGAAUAAGACAACCAAGAGAUCUGGCGCCCCGCCCCCCAGUGGACCUUCAGAUAGAGAACCUCUCGUGGAGGGAGAGGAGGGUCAGAACGAGGAAGAAGAAGAAGGGGCUGUUCGCUCUCCCUCCAUCAACAGUUCCUAAUCACCUCACUCUAUUCUUAGAAGAGUCUGCCUCAGAGAGUUGAACAGAAAUGUGUACACAUUCAGAUUUAAUUGUUUUGUUUUCUUUCUCUAUCUAUAUCUCAAUAUCUCUUUAGCUUUUUUGGUGGGAUUUUUUUUUUUACAGGAUUUGUCAAGGGAAAACACACCUCAGUACUCUACCUAUAAUCUGAAAAUGGAGGUGGUCGGAUCCCCUCCCCUCAUGGUUCACUAAUCUUGUAGAUAAUACUACACUUAUCAGACAGACACUAAACAUUGCCUUUUUGUAUCAUGGUUUGUGUCAAUAGAGCCUUUCCCCGAGUACAAGGCUCAUGUUAUUGAGUGCUACGGCAACAAACAGUGAACAUGCCAUACAGUAUUGAAAUCAGCAAAAUCAUGUCUUCUUCACACUAAAACAAUCAGGAGUUAACUAAUGCAUGUUUUGGUCCUUACUUCAGUGAUCCAAAAGUUCUCCUUCUUUUAUAAGGUUAAACAUGUAAGUUGGCUACUAAUUUAACCACUAUUAAUAGCAAUUAAUAAGGAUUCAACAAUAACCUGUUGUUGUAUAACUGUUUGUUAUUGUUUCUAUAAUUUUUUUCAGUGAGAUUUAUGCAUAUGUUUCUGUGAUGCCAAUAAUGAUUUAACAAUUGGUGGAGACAUCUUUAAUUUCAGAUAGCAAAACAAUCGCUUUCGUUUACAUGAUGAGCUCUUUUUUUUGUAGUUAUAGUAUUGUGAUGUUUGCAGUGGCACAAAAUGCUCAAGUUGAUUAACAUGCAGCAAUUUGUAAUGGCAAUUACUGCCUUUCUAAUCACCAAACACACCAUUGAAAAUAGUGAGUUUGUUAAGCUGCUUUUACUACAGGUAUCUGUCAAUAGUGACAACGCAUGCAGCGGUUCAAUGUAAUUUUUUUGCCAGUGUGAACCAUCUAUAAGGGAAUGGGAAUGAUUUGUUUUAUACUGACAAAACAGCACAAAUAAAGGUGUUGCUACUGUAACGACUGGUGUCGUUGUCAUAGCUGUAUUUCCA